AUGAUGCGCACUUCGGCAACCAGCAUGGUGCGCAACGGCGUCGUUCGCUCCUCGGUCCCCUUGGCCGCCCGCCGCGCCCAGUCGACUCACGCCAUCUCCAAGCCGACGCUGGCGAACCUCGAGAAGCGAUGGGAAGGAAUGCCUCUUCAGGAGCAGGCUGAUCUCUGGAUGGCCCUCCGUGACCGUAUGAAGGGCAGCUGGAAGGAUCUCACUAUUCAGGAGCAGAAAGCCGCUUACUGGAUUGCCUUCGGUCCCCACGGUCCCCGCGCUGUAGACCCCCCGGGCACCAACGCCAAGGUCUUCUGGGGCGUCGUUGCCGGCCUCGGUGUCACCACUGUCCUCUUCGCUACCGCCCGAUUCUUCGCCAAGCCUGCUCCCCACACCAUGAACCAAGAGUGGCAGGAGGCUGCCAACGAGCAGCUUAUCGUGAGUCACCAUCCCACAUUCCCUUGGGAAGGAAGAUGA